AACACCCUUAUUCUCUCAUCAAUGAGCCUCCUAUGGCGGAUGGCCUUUGAAUAGACGGAACGCAGGUUUUAGAUUCAAAAUACACUUGAUCUUACCUGAAACCUAGAGAGAGAAAGUAGUGAGUAGAAAGAAAAAGAUGGGGGGCGGAAUGGAGACUAACAAGAACCGUUGGAUCGAGGAUUGGGCUACUAAUAGAGAGAAUCUCGAGCACCACUUCCGCUGGACCCGUCGCAACCUUGCCCUCGUCGGAAUCUUCGGCGUCGCCGUUCCCAUCCUCGUCUACAAAGGCGUCGUCAAAGAAUUCCACAUGCAAGAUGAGGAUGCAGGAAGACCCCCCAGAAAAUUCUGGUUCACAUGAUGCAGUGAUCUUGUCAUUCCCUGUUCGUUUUUUUGCUUUUGCUGAAUAUCAUCUUCAGUGGUCAUUGGAGGUUAAACUGCAACUUUUUUUCCCGAAUUAUGUUUUAACAAAUAAAACGGCAAACUUUACUUUGUACGAUAAUAUUUUAUCAGUUUUGGUGUU